CAGGAGAGGAGGACUCACUCUUCACCACUACGACGACUAAGCGAUCGAUUUCGGGAGACCGAACCGCCAGCCCUCUUCGCCGCUGAGCCCGAGCGCGAGGGUGAUGAUGACGAUGAACGUGUGGAGGAGUGUCGACGUGAACGUUUUUUGGUGGUGGAUGAGGAAGAAGAGGAGCGUCUACGUCGGUAGGCUGUAA